AUGGGCUCCGCCGCCGAAGGAGAUAACAAUGGAAGAAGCCGCCCCAGGUCCUCGGUCCUCAAGAGCUUCAUCCACCGCCGUAACCAGUCCGAGGGCUCUGCGCUCUUCACCUCGCCGCCCUCCGUCCAGGUCACCACCACGCCCGCACAACACAUCUCGGCCGCCUACGCACAGCUCGAGGGCAGGAUGCCGCCCCCUCCUCCCGUCCGCACCGAAGGCUUGGGGGCCCUCGGCGAGCUGAAUCCUCACUCGUCGCCCCGCAAACAGCAACCAGACAGCAACCGAGACCGAUCGCGCUCGCCGACCAAAUCCGCCUUCAGCAACAUGUCCUUCAAGUCCCUGGCCAAAGAGGCCCGGAAAUCACGCGACAUGUCUCCCGAGAAGCCAAAGAAGACGAAAUCGAGCACGAACCUGGCGGGCUUCCUGUCUCGACCCCGAUCGACCAUGUCUCUCAACAAGACCACGAAGGAGGAGGAGGAGCGGCGCCAGGCUAAGGACAAGGAGAACCGCACACCCCCGAGCUCGACGUCGAGCGCCGACAUGACGGGUCCGGGUCCGGCCCCACCUAUCUACGCACAGUUCUGCAGUCAAGACCUCGGGAGUAAUGGGCUGCGUGGGAAGGCGUCCUUCGACGCGGGUAGUGGACGUUACGGAAGUGAUGCCUCGAGCGACCUGUCCAAAAAGCAGAGACCCAAGUCAUACCAUCCCUCUACAGCCAUCUCCGAGCAUAAAUCUACAUCAGACCUACGCAGUAGGCCAAAGAUGGACGGACGCGAACCUUCUGCUUCGGAAAGAAUCAAAAGCAAGGUCCAGCGUCCCAAGCUCUUUACGGCCUUUUCCGCCGCCGGGUCUAGCACCAAGUCCAAGGCUUCGGACUCCGCCGACAAGCCCAUCGACCCCAAAGCGAUUGAUCAGCACCUCGAGGCCAUGCUUGAUCGGCGCAACAUCCCCGAGAACCAGCGCUACAAGAUGCGCAGCCUGGCAGACACAAUCAAGAUGGAGUUCAUCCGACAGGACUGGGCGGAAAUGGCGGCCAAAGAGCAGGCUGGUGUCGCUGACACCAACGAGCCUACCUCUGCGGUGAACGGAGGCUCUGAUAAAGAGGAGACACAGUCUAAGCGUUCUCGCGGAAGAAGCUUCACGCUGUCGCGAAAAAAGGACCCAAAGGAGCCUGCAUCACCGACGAAAAAGUCCAAGGGCGACGGCACUUCCAUCGGUCGCCAUUUCCGAAGCAAGUCGACCGAGAGCGUGGUCAGCGAGCGGCCUGUUUCGGCGAGUUCGACAGGAAGCACCGGCAUUCUUUCUAAGAUCAAGUUCGGCCAGGGGCCGGGCGACUACGUUUCGUAUCUGCGCAAAGUGCAGAAGCCGGAGCUGGUCGAGGUUGGGAAACUGCAUAAACUACGGCUGCUUCUGCGUAAUGAGACGGUCUCGUGGACCGAGGACUUCAUGAAGCAGGGCGGCAUGGAGGAGAUUGUCGGCCUCUUGAAACGCAUUCUCGCUAUCGAGUGGAGGGAGGAACAUGACGAUGCCCUUCUCCACGAAAACUUACUAUGCUUAAAGGCUCUAUGCACCACAGCGCUGGCCUUGCGAUAUCUCCACUCCAUCCACGAGGACUUGUUUCCCAAGCUCCUUCAUAUGCUGUUCGACCCCGAGAAGAAGGGUCCCAGCGAGUUUACUACACGCAACAUUAUCACGUCAGUGUUAUUUACAUACAUUGAGUCGGCUUCGCCAAUGGAGCGCAUCGCUCGUGCGCAAAAGGUGCUCUCCUUUUUGCGCAACCCCCAGCCCAACGAAGAGGAGAGACCGCUUGGCUUCGUACUGGAGAUGCGGAAAGACCGACCGUACACAGUCUGGAAUAAGGAGGUCGUCAGCGUCACCAAGGAAGUAUUUUGGAUCUUCCUACACCACCUCAACGUCAUCGCCCUGCCGUCCGAAAUGUCGACCAAGGGCGGCGCGCCGCUCGGCACAAUCACCAAUGGCGCGACUUAUCAAGAUCCGCACGCCUUUAUGCACAGGCACUUCCCUUCGGAGCGGCCCCCCGUCCCGGCUGCUCCUUACGUCGGCGGAGUGGAGUGGGAUGCGACGAACUACCUCGCCUCGCACCUGGACCUCAUGAACGCUAUUAUUGCCUGCACGCCAACGGCGGCGCAGCGCAACAAUUUGCGCAACGACCUCCGGAUCUCGGGCUGGGAAAAGGUGCUCGGCGGCAGCCUCCGGCUGUGCAAGGAGAAGUUUUACGGCUGCGUUCACGAGGCGCUGCGGUGCUGGGUCGCGGCGGCCACGGAGGACGGGUGGGACUCGCGGGAUGUGCGGUACGGACCGCCGCCCGAGUCGCGGAACCCGAGUCCCAAAAAGACACAAAAAGCCCAGAAGCCUGUUGAAGCGGCGCCCAAGAUUGAGAUUCCAAAGUUGGAUUUUGGGCUUGAUAAUCAUCGCGUUACGCCCGUUAAGGAGAGGGACGUUUGGCUGUCAUGA